UGUCAUUUUUUUUCUCGCUUUCUUAACAAUUACAUAUUUUAAUAAACGCUAAGUAUACCUACUAGUAUAAAUAACGAAACCAAUAAUUAAUAUUUUUAACUGUGAACUAACCAUUAACUUACGUUACAUAAGAAUAUAAGAUUAUUUUCGAAUCCAUAACAUUCAUUAACUCAGGAGUCCAUCAAGGGAUAAACCGAGGUAAUCAUGGCGGCUGAAGUGGGAUCGGAUAUUGCUCUCAUUCAAGACGAAGAUGUUCUUCGGAGAAUGUGGCAACAAACCGAAGACUUUGGAAAAAAAAAAGAAAUCCGCAUGAAGAUGUACAAGCUCAGGGAACAACGGCUGAAGGAAUUUUACACUACAGGGGAAAUGAUUCAAACGGAAACUACGUCAAAACGUUCAUCGACCAGAACUCAUACUGAAUCUAUAGCUGACCAAGGUUUUAUGACAAUGAAAAGCAAAGAGAUUCGAGAUUCCGAAUCGCCUACAGACGAAUACCAACGACAAUCUAACGUAACUAAAAAUUAUCACUCGAGUUCUCAAAACGACGAUUUUGGUAACAAUAGAGGAAUAGUUCAAGUAGAAUCAACCCGAUAUGUACAACCAAUUGAAGAGGUCACAGAAAGUUCAGUACAGACAUCUAUGUCUAGUUCUACUUCCUCAAAAUGGGCAUCUUCGCAGACAGUCAUUUCCGUGUCAGAAGAAAUUCAGCAAGCAGAAACUGAUUUAAAUUCGAAAUUUAUUACAAAUGAACAAAUCAACGUCAACGAUAAUCAACGAUUAACACAUAAUACUUCAACUAAUCAAUUAAACAGUUCUGAUACCAAUAAACAAUUUACUGAAUCGUUUUCUGUCUCAGCCUACGAUAAUGCCGCACACGAAGAUCAAAAACAAUACCAGAAUGGUUAUAAAACAGUAAUAGAGACAACUACUUCUGCUUCAGCGAAUAAUGAUGUUUUCGAGCCAAUAACUGAGACAAUAUAUUCAACCAAACAAAAUAAUUUUGAAGACAUCGAAAGUAAAAAUGACUCUUUAGAAACUACCAAUAUAUCUAACAAUAUAACUACAACGACCGAUAAUAAAAUUAUUAAUGAAUUACAAAAACUCGAUUCUUACCUAUCUACACAUCAGUCCAAAACAGAUUCAUCAUCUGGACUGGAUUCGACACAGUAUAACGAAGAAAAACAAACUGAAGAAAUAGGAAAAAAAACUUUUUCAGCUGAUAUCUCUAAAGAAAAUGUUGAAGGGCCAUACACUACAACAUAUCAACAUUCCUAUCAGCAGCCGAAAAUCAGUGUCGAUUUAAGUCCAUCGCAUGAUGCAUUUGCCAGGAGUCUCAGAUCUACUCCUGAAAGGUCUAGCCCUUCUCCGCGUAGAAUAAGUCCUGAACAAAGGUUGAAAUCGCGUAGUCCUGAAAAGAGUAGAAUGUCUCCUGAAAAGUCACUAAGCCCCGUUAGAUCAUCAAAAUCGGUAACUAGAAGAAAACUUUCCUCUACAUACUCGAAAGAUGCUUCCAAAAAACGAGUCAAUACGCCAACCCGCGUUGAUAAAUAUGAUUCUUCAGAUGAUUCUGAUUGUUCUGGUACUACACAUGGGACAUACGACAAAUUUUCUACUUCUAACACUAAAAGAACAUUACUUACUGAAAAGACGAAAACUGAUUCAGCGACAAAGUCUAAUCAAAUAUCGGUGUCUAAGACUUUUGAGUAUAAAGACAAAUCGCCGUCUAGAAGUCCAGUACAAAGAGAGAAAUCACCAUCUAAAAGCCCAGUUCCAAGAGAAAAAUCGCCUUCUAAAAGUCCUAUACCGAGAGAAAAAUCUCCUGGUUAUAGUAGUGAAGGGUCUGUAGGCAAAGAAGUACGCAAGUUAACAUCAAGAGCAAAGAACAGUUCCCUCGAAAGUAGUCCCGAAAGAAGUGCGUUUAAACCAGUUAAAAAUUACAAGUCUACACGAGUACAAAACACGUCGCAAGAUAACAAAAUAACGAUUACAACUCAAAAAGAAAAUGUGUACUCAGAUAGUCAUACUUUUAAAAAUGACACCUUAGAAAGAAAUAACACAAGCAAAUGUUUAAUAUCUGAUAAUGUAAAUAACAUAAAACAAUUUGAUGGAAAAAACCAGUAUGUAGAUCAUAAUGUAAAUGAUACUGAUAAACAGAAAAAAACAUUCAGCAAUGACAGCUUUAUAACAGAAGAAAGAGAAAACUUACUAUUGGAACAGCGUAGACAAACAAAUCAAGAAAACCUCAAGUUUAAUGAUAAUGAAACGUGUAGACAGUCUAAGGAAUCAGAAAACAAAUGCAAUCAACAACAAUUCGUAACAAAAGAACAAAUAAACAUUAGCGUUCAAGAAAACAGUAGAACAGAUCAUGUUGAUCGAGUAAAUGAAGUCAUUGCCAAUACAAAAGAAAAAUCACCAAUAAAGGAAGUCAAACCAGCUAUAAAGAAAACGCCUUCAGCUUCAACUGUUAAAACUACAGAAAGGGUUUCGUUAAAUAAUCGAAAAACUGCAUCUCGUAUCAACAGUGAAAAUACCAGCAUUCCUUCAACUCCUAAAAAAGCGACCUCUACAGUACCUUCAUCGCCUGUUAAGAAAACGCCACCGUCGUACUUAGAGAAAACGCCAUCAAAAAAGAAUAUAACUCACAAGAAUUUGAACGACACGUCCAUUCACAAAACUGUCAAAAAAGACUUGUCUAGAGAAAAAGUUGAUGUAAAAAUUAAUAAAACCGAUUCUAAGAAUAUAAUACACACAAGUUCUAAAGAAAAUAUUAUUUUAAAAACUGUCCAAAAAAAACCCAGCCAAGAAAAGUUUAUCGACCAGAAAACUACAAUUUCUUUCCGUAACAAAAUCAAUUCACCUGAUAAUAAACCUAAGACAGUUGAAAGUAGAAAACCGAUUGAGAAAAAGGAUUCAAAAGAAAAAAUGAAACUUCAAUUUAGUCCUCAGUCUUCACAAAAGAAGCUCGGGGUAAAAUCAACGGUCGAAGUAAAAACUAUCACCGAGACAAAAAGAAUUUUGGAUAAUCAAAGUAUUAAAAAAAGCCCCACGGCAAAUCCAUCAAAACCAAAAUCUAGUUUUUCAGCAAAACCUAGCAUUAGUAUAACUCCGACUAAAGAACCAAAAUUUAAUCCGAAAACUAAUGCGGCAACGCCUACAGCUAAACCUGUUCAAAAAAAAUUUACUCUAUCCAACGUUUCGAAUAAAAAUAUCGUUGAAGUUAACAAAAAAAAUAUAGCUGAUAAAUCAAAAGUCCUUGAGGAUGAACUACCACCGGACAGUUUUGAUAGCGACAGCGACAUUGACAACUGUGCAGAGAAGACAAACGAUAUUAGUAAGAAAGCAGCGUCCUCGUCAUCUUCGUCGUCUUCUUCUGAAGACGAGGAUGACAUGCAAAAAAUCGAAGACCUCGACUACAUUAGAAACCAAGCUGACGAAGAAUACGGUAAAAAAAUGACAAAUAAAGACGUUCUAUUGAACGUUGUCGUUCAGUUGCCACCGUCGUCUAGGGAAUCGUCUCCCGAAUAUGCUGCGAGAUUCGGGCAUCCUUACAGUUCUGUUUCAGACGAUGCAAGUUUACCGAGGUAUGCCGAUGCCGUAAGCGAACCAGAAGAUGUCAACGAGUAUAGGCUGUACAACAACAGGUACGACUUAGUGACAGAUUUGGACGAGGAAACAUCGGUGACUGUUGCAGACCGAGUGUCGAAAUUUUUGAAAAGCGCCAACAAGCAAGAAGAUGUAAAAACCACGGAAAUACCUCAGAGUCCGCGAGCAGUGAGGAAAACUAAAGAAAUAUUCGAGUCGAUCGCAAAAGGACAGGUCGAAGAUAUAAAAGAAGAAAUCGAUGUCGUGGAAGAACCGGAAGCCUCCGUUCAAAUUCCCGAAGUGCACGAUACACCGAAAACCGAGAUUGAACCUACAAGUAUGUCUCUGUUGACGAGGAAAAUUUCAGGCGCGUCUGAUUACAAAACGAGAAAAGAAUUUUUCGAGAAGAAAACCAUCGAGAACAAAGAUAAGGGUGAAAAAACAAUUCCAACUGUGCCUAAAAAAAUGUCCGGGACAACGACGCUAAAGGACAGUCGCUCUUCUUUUGAAUUGAAGUCCGUUAAGAAAACGCCAUUAAAAGACAAGACGAAUGUGCCCAAGACAACAGAAUCUACACGGGGCUCACCUGACAGAGCCGCGAAAAGCCCGACAAGAAGAGAUAGCACGAAGGAAACAUUUGAAGUAAAAGUUGACGAAAUUAACACUGGUAGGCGAUAUUCGGGAUCAAAGUCUUUAAAAGACCGAGCAACCGUGUUUGAAAAGAAUGAUAACGUUCAGAAAACAUCAAAAUUGUCUGAAGACGGUGUUAAACGUACGACCAUUGUUACGGAAACAUCGGCUACGACUACUGACGGAUUUAAUACAAAAAGUUCAGAAAGAACAACCAGCAACACCACACAGAGGAGAACAAGCUCCGAUAGGCAGAAAAGUCCGGAAAAAACUAUAUCCUCUAGUUCUACGAAGAAAACUAUCGAAACAUCAAAUAAACCGAGCGAUAUUAAACCGGAAAGGAAAAUGUCUGCCAAAAGUCCCGAAAAAACUAACUUGAAAAAUACAAACGAGAGCAAAACUGGAAACCGCUACCUGCAGAAUACAACAUCGUCGUCGGCUAAAAUUGAAGUGAAGUCUACUUUUGCGCCUCAAAUAACGGCAACGACUACACAACAUACACCACAACGUAAAAUUGACGAAGACGUCAAAAUUGAAGAAAUUUUCGAUUUAGAAGUUUUAGAAAUAAUGCUCGAAAAAGCUGUAGGAUAUGAUCGGAGACGAAGAAUAAGAGCGCAAAUCCGAUUAGUCAAACGUCAAUUGGAAUCGAAAAACAUAAAAGAAACCCAAACUACAUCAUCUACGCGUAUCACAAAGAGCGUUAGAGAAGUUCCGCAGACAACAACACAGAAACAAACUAAACCAGCGCUUGAAACAACAGUGUUGACGAGAACAACUGAAACUAAGAAACAAAGAAGUCCGUCACCUCAGUACACACAUGUCAAUUCAGUCAACCAGUCCCGAUCUCCUUCGCCUCAAAAAUCAGUUGUCGAACAACCACGAUCUCCAUCGCCGCAAAAGUCUUCAAGGCCAGUCGAAAAAGGGCGAUCUCCGUCACCAAAAAAGUCUUCCGUCAAUAAACAACAAGAGACGAACAAAACUAGCAAAACUGAUAAUUUAACAUCUAGAAGCUCUUCAUAUUCGACUACAACUACUACCACUACUACUAGAGUAAAAAGCGAACAAGUAACCAAGAAAAAUGUCAACACAAAUAUUAAUCCAGGCCAAACCGUUACCGAUUCUAUAACUUCAAGUUACGGCGUAGGACCUACAGACGACAAUGGCAGACCACUGUUCGGUUUAAGAGCUCUUAGGAAAACCAACACCAACCAAUCGAUUAUCGUUGACGAAUCAUCUACUUAUCAAAUUGAUGAAUCAGAUUCUCCGGCAAUUACUGAUCAUAAAGGAAAACCGCUAUUUGGUUUAAAAGCGUUGCAAAACGAAAACGUGUUUGUGGUGGAAGAAUCGAAAACCGUACGCCAACAACAAAAGUCUACCCAACAAAAAGGAGGAGUCGACCAAUUGAUUACCGACCACAAGGGCAAACCGCUGUUCGGACUUAAAGCACUUCAGAGCAUCGGUAAAAACGACGAAACUGUCUUCGAAAACAUGCCGGAACCUCCAGUGUCUCCUCAGUUGAAGGAGCUUGUGCUUAAGCACGAAAGACACGUAGCUAACGAGACUUCCAAUUUGGAAACGCAACCUCGGCAAAAACCGAAGGCAAAGUUCAGAGACAGUUUUAUACUCGACUCUAAAGACGAAGACUUGUACACUACGUUUAAACAAAAUGGGUUUACUGACGCCAAUUCCAUAUCUUUGAAUUCUAUUAUCAACCAGGAUGUUGAGGAAAAUCAAAACAACGAAACAACCGUGGUGAAAAGCAAAAGCCAGUCUACCGUGUUCCAGUCGAAAAGCUGUAUAAGGUCCGACGGAUCCGGAAACGUUUCGGUCACGCAAGACUUCAUUAAAGGGGAAGUCUCUUCUGUGAAUGACCAAGAACCGUCGGGAAAAAUCACUAGGGGUAAUUACACGUACCAAAGUCCCAAGGACACGGAUAGUCAAAAGGGUAUCGCUAAAGUUACCACAGUUACCAAAGCUAUCGGUAGGAAGUCUUCAGGUCCAGAAAUCACCGAAAUCGCCGAAGAAUUAGACAACUCUGAUCGUGUCGAUGGCAAUAAAGUGGUUAAAAGAAGUCGUACCAACGACAAAUUCGAAAGUAUUCAAAAGAGAUUUAGUCAAGAGAGUUUCGAUCAGAGUUCGAGGCGUUCUUCAAGGGAAAGCAAUAGGUAUGAAAAUUCAGAAGAAUCUCAACAAGUGUCUAGAUCAAACACACCUAAGUCGUCCUUGGUCCGCGGGGACUCGAUACGCGCACUCCAACACAAAUUCCAACAAGCCACUGUUUCAUCUAGCAUGAAACAGAAUAGGUCAGUUAAAAGUGAAUCUCCUAGAAUUGCUAAACAAACCGAAGACACUUCCACGGUCACCACCAAAGUCGGCGGAACAUCAAAAACAGGAGCUUCGUCGUUUUUGGACAACAGUUCAAGAGUGACUGGUGUUCAAGACGUUUUGACUAGAAUGCGAAAUGCAGAUUUGGUCGUAGAAAGCGGAGAUACCAACGAAGACGCCGAGGCUCGCUCUUUGCUGAACAAAUUUUUAGGAGCAUCCGUCAUUCUCCAUGGAAUGGAACAAGGUGUCAAGUCUCCUACUUCAAGUUCGGUUAAAACCACAUCUACAACGACCAGCAGCGCAACACUUGUUAAUCAAGUGGAGAAACAGCGUAGUCAGAGUUCUCCUUCCACCAGAUCGAAUUUGACCGAACAAGAGCUCGAAAACAUUUGGGACGAAAAACAACUACAAAUUUUGUUGGAAUCUUGCCCGGACUACGAUCAAAGGAGGAAAAUUCGAGCCAGGCUACGUCAAAUCAUGGCCGAACACAAAGCGUGUGCUGAUGUGGUUGCCAUGGCAGCUAAUACAGAUAGUGCCGCCAGCAAUGAAAAAAACGAAACUACCGAGUCAAAAUCAACGACAGUGACUAAUAAGACCGAAAAUGGCUCAUAUGUAAAAACCGAAGUGCAUACUAGGACAACAUCUUCUAGUAACCGUCUUGCUAAAGCUAAUAGUGUGAGUGCUUCGCCAUUUGCCAAGUUUCAGCAACUGGAACGCCAGAACUCAGCUCCAAACUCACAAUCGCGUCCUUGCUAUAAAUUCACCGAUCCCGCUCUGGCGCGGAGCGCUUCAUCAAUCAAAGAUCGCCUACUCAGCUGGGUUAAGGCUCAGACCAAGGAUUAUAAGAACAUCCAAAUAACCAACUUUUCAACAAGCUGGAGCGACGGUCUCGCGUUCUGUGCCCUCAUCCAUCAUUUUUACCCAGACGCAUUCGACUAUGAAAAACUAACACCGGAAAAACGAAAAGAAAAUUUCGAACUAGCUUUCAAAGUUGCUGAGGAUGAAGCCGGUAUAGCACCUUUAUUGGAUGUAGAAGACAUGGUGGUCAUGCGAAAACCCGAUUGGAAAUGUGUGUUCACUUAUGUCCAAACGUUCUACCGGCGGUUCCACAACACUCCACAAGCCGUUAAACCUUUUUCAUUUUAACACACUUGCACACUUCACGUUAAUAUUAAUUGUAAUCUUCGCUUUAUACAUUUUUUCAAGUAUUGUAUCCAAAUCUAAACAUUUCGUUGUAAAAUGUUUUAUUUGUUGUUAUCAAUCGACGAAAACUGGUCGUAGUAUUUAGAUGUAGUCGAGUAAUAUUUAGUUAUACCAUUUUACUCAGUUCGUUUGCUCUGGUCAAUUGUUAAGAAUGAUGAAUGAGGGUGAUAUAUUAUUAUUUACUCGUAACAAUACCUAAAAUAUUCAGUAGGCAUCUGUCGGUGCACUUGAUUUUCUCAACUCUUUUGUAUUAGUAUAUUUAUACAUUCUAGUUUUUGUUAAUAAUUAAUAUCACACAUAUUAACAAAUUUUACGAAUUCGGAUUUAUUUAUUAACUGCGAUCGCGGACCGCGGUUAACCUUAUCACGCCGUUCGAUGUUACCAAAAACCGCGAACAAUAAACAUUUUUACUACUAAAAAAAAAAAACAAAAUCAGCUUUUCAAGCUAAAAAACAAUUUGUUAGGAAUUUAAUCAUAUGAUAAGUAUUUGUUUAUUUCGCAAUCCUUUGAACUAUGUAUCUUCCUCGUAACUAUGCUACAUGUAUUAUACGAAGUGCAUUAUCCGACAAUGCUGAAAAAUAUCAUUUUACUAUUAUUUAGUUUUUAAGUAUUACGUUAAUUAACAAGACUAAUCUUGAUAAUAUUUAUCGAACAACAUAAUUUCCUAUUAAACAUUUUUAACUACUUUAAUGUAAAUAAAGUGAAUGUAUACCUAAAAUAUUUUAUAAAAUCAUAUACCUACACAGCUAUAAUGCAUCUAAUAAACAUUUUACAUAUUAUAAUAUAUAAAAAUAUAUAUUUUUUUACAUUCAA